UGCUUUAAGAAUGGAAUAAAGUGCAGCACCGUAUUGGAAAUGUUGAAUGUUGCUUUUGGCGAGUCUUCUAUGAAUAAAACAAGCGUUUACAAGUGGUACAAAUGUUUCCAAGAGGGCCGUAAAGACGUUGAAAAUGGCGAGCGCCCUGGACGCUCCAGCACAUCAACAACCGAUGACAACGUCGGAAAAGUGAAGAAAAUGAUUAUGGACAAUCGCCGAAUCACUAUCAGAGAGGUUGCUGAUGAUGUUGGCAUAUCAUUUGGCUCAUGCCAAGCAAUUUUUUCGGAUGUUUUGGGCCUGAGAUGUGUGGCAGCAAAAUUUGUUCCGAAAUUGUUGAAUUUCGACCAAAAGCAGUGCCGAAUGGGCAUUGCUCAGGAGUUGCUGAAUGAAGUCAACGACGAUCCAGAACUGCUCAAACGAGUCAUAACUGGUGAUGAAACAUGGGUGUACGGAUAUAAUGUCGAAACUAAGGCCCAAUCGUCCCAAUGGAAGCUUCCUGAAGAGCCAAGACCGAAAAAAAAUCGUCAAGUUCGAUCGAAUGUGAAGGUUCUGCUCAUUCUGCUCACCGAUUUCAACGGCAUAGUAUAUCAUGAGUUCUUGCCACCAGGUCGUACGGUCAAUAAGAAGUACUACCUGGAAGUUCUACAAGUUCUACGUGAAGCGAUAAAAAAAACGCCCGGAUUUGUGACGAAACAACUCAUGGCAAUUGCACCAUGA